UUUGAGAUUAUGUAUAUAAAUUUAUACUUAAUAUUCUUUUUCAAAGUAAGAAAUGAAUAAGUACGGAUUCUUGAGUAAUGAAAACUACUAAGCUUUAUUUUCUUGUUUCUCGAAUGUAAAGAAACCCUUAUGAGAUUAUAUUACUUUUAUUUAAAAUAACUAUUAUUUUACACAAAAAAUUAGAUAACUCCUCAAGGUGUGUGUAGACAUUUCUAUGGAAUAGAUAAGUAUCUGUAAAUUUUUUUGGUUAAUAAUUUGAAAAUAAUUUGAAAAUAAUAAAUUUCAAUUAUAUAUCAUAACAUGAUUACAUAUAUUUAAGUGAUAACUUUUAUUUUAUAAUUAAAAAGUAUUUACACGAAUGUAAUAUUACGAAUAUUUGUGCAUAUUGUAAGUUAUUAAAAUGGCACAUUAAAAAACAAUUAUCAAAUUUAUAAUAAUAUUGAUUGAAUGUAAUAUGUAAUGAAAGAAAUAGUUAAUUUAUAGAUAUUGGAAUAAUUCUAGUUUGAGUGUAUGCAGACAUUAUAUUUUACGUACACAAUAGUUUAAGUUGAUAGCGUUAGUGAUUUCUGAAAAAUUAUAUCCCAAGUUAAAAAAUGUAUUUUUCAAUUUACACAAUCUAAGAACCAAUAAACAUUUAAGAAUGCCAAAAUUUAUAGAUAUUUACAUUUGCACAAGUAGAUGUAUAAAAGCGUAACAAAUCUGUGCAUUAGUUUUUUUUUUAAUUACUAAAAAUAGGCAAAUUUUUUGGGCCUCUUAACUGGAAGACUCCCUUAAAGCGUGUAGGGUCGAUACUAACAAAGGCCAAUCUGAAUUAGGCUUAAUAUUAAUAUAAAGCGAACGCUCUGUAAGCGAAACAAUCGAACGCUUGUGCUUGUGGUAAAAUGGCAUCCACGUCUCUGAAGGUUACUCGCAAAACGUACAGCUUUGAGGAGCGAAAAAUCCUGAUAUCAUUAAUAAACAAGCACGAGAUUGUCCAGGACAGGAAGUCGGAUCCGAUCUCCAUAUGCAAACGAAAAUCGGCGUGGUCGCGAAUCGCCGAGGAGUACAAUCUGAUAGUAGGAUCUCGGGGCGCGCGUUCCGUUGUGCAGCUCAGACGUUGCUGGGAGAAUAUGAAGGCCUGCAAGCGUAAUCGCGAGGAAAAGAAAUUCAGUGACAGUAUGAAAGCGAUUUGUCAAUCGACGAAGGACGAAAAGUGGGUGAGGAGUCAGUGCUGGGAAGGUAUAAAUUGUGGUCAGAACGUGCCGCAAGUGUCGACGUCUAACAGAACUACUGGUUUACCACCGAAUGUAGUAUUCGAGCCAAAGGAUUCGGAACCAUUCACAUUGCAAAGUGUUUGCACCGCCGAAUCUCAAAACUGCCCGAAGAAGGAAGUAAAUAGCCGCGAAGAUACAAAUUCUGACGGUGCAUUCGAGCAAAUGAUCGCCGGUAGGGAGAAUAAUUGCCACGCUAAUGCACCACCUCGCGAUGCGAUGAAUGACUAUUAUGAAAAGAAACGAUUAUUUGUGAAAAGGAAUACCGAUUCCCUUACGAUUGAUCAUUCAACGGACAACGGUCUUGAAAAAGUCGCGCACCAAGAGAAUCACACGAAUCCAAGAUCGAGCGGCGAUACUUUGUGUACUUUGAUCUCGCCUCGCAUUGUGCAGGAGCAUAAUCGCAAGAGGAAGUCUGCGCAACGGGAGGAAGAGCUGCACGUUCUCGCGCUUUCGGAGGCACAGAUGAAGGUCGACAUCGCUGCCAUGUUGAAAGAGGAGGCGAGGAUCAAGCUGGAGGAGGCUCACUAUCGCAAGGAGGAGGCCAGGCUCCGAAUGCUCCUCUUCACUUACAAACUCGACAGGAUUAAAAAUGAGUGAGGGAAGACGGACAGUUUUGUUGGAAUAACGUGCGGUGAUGUCCAUUAUUGUAAGUCCGUUAUUUUUCUUUAUUUUUGUUGCGCUCUGAUCCGACGCACUGGUGCCGAUGAUGGGCGCUUGUAAGCAAGAUAGAUCGGUUAUAUGUAAAAAAUAUAAACGCUGUUAUAUGUCUA